AUGCGCGCCCUCGAGCUCCUCUACGCGCUCGGUGCGCUCAACGACCGCGGCGAGCUCACUAAGCUCGGGCGGCGCAUGGCCGAGUUCCCGGUCGACCCGAUGCUGAGCAAGGCGAUCAUCGCGAGCGAGCACUACCAGUGCACGGACGAGGUGCUCACGAUCAUCAGCAUGCUCCAGGAGAGCUCCUCGCUCUUCUACCGCCCGAAGGACAAGAAGCUGCACGCGGACCAGGCUCGGCAGAACUUCGUGCGCCAGGGUGGGGACCACUUCACGCUGCUCAACGUCUGGGAGCAGUGGGCGGACACGAACUACUCGCAGCAGUUCUGCUAUGAGCAGUUCCUGCAGUUCAAGAGUCUGAGCCGUGCGCGUGACAUUCGUGAUCAGCUCGCGGGCCUGUGCGAGCGCGUCGAGAUCGUGGUCGAGAGCAACCCGAACUCGAACGACAUUACGCCGGUACAGAAGGCGAUCACUGCCGGCUACUUCUACAACACCGCCCAGCUACAAAAGAGUGGCGAUUCAUAUCGGACGCUCAAGACAAAUCACACUGUGUACAUUCACCCGUCUUCAGGUCUGUUUCAGCAACAACCACCCCCGAAGGCGUUGCUUUACUACGAGUUGGUGAUGACGUCGAAGUCAUACAUGCGACAAGUCAUGGAGAUCAAACCAUCUUGGUUACUCGAAGUGGCUCCGCAUUACUUCAAGCCUGCCGAUUUGGAACAGUUGGCGACCGGCGAAAAGAAGCUACCUAAAAAUACGGGCGCCGUAUCGAGUAUGACGAGGACAUGA